GUCCACUUCCACUUCUUCAGUUCGUAUUUCAUACACCACAUUGAUCACUCCAUUAUUUCGGACCAAGUACAUCAUGUCCCUUCCCUUCAGUAAAUUCCCUCCCACCGCCACCAUCUCCCCUACUCCCUUUUCGGUCUCCGUGUCCGACGACAAGCUCGUCGAGCUACAGACCCUGGUUCGGCUGUCCAAGAUUGCUCCGCCUACUUACGAGAACUCCCAGACUGAUGGUCAGUUUGGAGUUACCUCAAAGUGGCUGUCCGACAUUCGGGACAAGUGGUUGAACCAAUUUGACUGGAAAACGUGCGAGACUCGUGCCAACAGCUUCCCCCAGUUCACGACCCAAAUCGAAGAUAUUAAGCUUCAUUUUGCUGCGCUUUUCUCGGAGAAGCCCGACGCCAUCCCGAUUAUCCUCCUCCACGGAUGGCCUGGGAGCUUCUUUGAGUUUUUGCCCCUUCUGCAAUUGUUCAAGGAUGAGUUCAGUCCCAGCGCCCUCCCAUAUCAUCUCAUUGUCCCCUCACUCCCGGGUUAUGCUUUCUCUUCAGGCCCCCCACUGGACCGCGAUUUCUCUGGCGAAGAUGUGGCCCGUAUCAUGGAUAAACUGAUGAAGGGGCUCGGGUUUGAAAGUGGGUAUGUAGCCCAAGGGGGUGACAUUGGCGCUGGCGUCUCCCGAUCGCUAGCGGUGAAGUAUGAUAGCUGCAAAGCCGUUCACUUGAACUUUUGUCCGACGCAAUCCCCAUCGGAAGAAGCUUCGACCGAGAACUUGACCGCAUUCGAGAAACGGGGACUAGAUCGCAUGGAUGCCUUCAGAACCAGGGGGAUAGCCUAUGCCAUGGAGCAUGCUACCCGGCCCAGCACCAUUGGUCACGUUUUGGCUUCCAGCCCGAUUGCCUUGCUUGCGUGGGUCGGAGAGAAGUAUCUGGAGUGGGUUGACGAGCCACUCUCAGCGGACACCAUUCUGGAGAUGGUGUCGCUCUACUGGCUGACGGAGACCUUUCCGCGCGCCAUCUACCCCUAUCGUGAACUAUUCAAACCCAGUGCCAGCGCAGCGGCCUUGCAAACUGAAUCAUACAUCCACAAGCCGUUUGGAUACUCAUACUUUCCCAACGAGCUGAUCCCAACGCCGAAGAGCUGGGUAGCAGCUACGGGGGAUCUGGUUUUCUUCAGGGAACAUCAAACGGGCGGGCACUUUGCGGCGUUGGAACGUCCUGCGGACAUGAAAGCCGACCUGACGGAUUUUGUGAAACAGGUGUGGUCGUAGAUAUGAGAGAGGAAGUUGCUGCACAAGGCUGCGUAGAAGUCAGACGGCAAACAGAUGAUGGGAUUGGACAGUUUGACACGAGAUCUUUUCCUUUGUAACAUUUAGUAAGAAGAGGUAAAUCA